AUGCUCCCUCUCCGCCCGUCACCACCGCACCUGUCGAUAUCGCCCCCCGUGUCGAAGGCCCAGCAGCGCCUGCCGACUCUCGCCGACUUUCCGCCAGACAAGAUCCGCAACUUUGCCUGCAUCGCCCACGUCGACCAUGGCAAGAGCACCCUGUGCGACCGCAUGCUCGAGAUGACGGGCACUAUCCCGCCUGCCGCCGUCAGUCGAGAUCAGCCCGAGCAGGAGGCCAAGAACGAGCAGGUCCUCGACACGCUCAAGGUCGAGCGUGAACGCGGCAUCACGGUCCGCGCCCAGUCGGCGACCAUGUUCCACCGACACUCGGACGGCGCCGAGUACAUGCUCAACCUGAUCGACACGCCGGGCCACGUCGACUUUGCGAGCGAGGUCCUGCGCUCGCUGCUCGCGUCCCAGGGCGUCAUCCUCCUCGUCGAUGCCGCACAAGGCGUCCAGGCCCAGACGUUGACCGUCCUCGACGAGGCCCUCAAGCGCAACUUGACUGUCGUCGGCGCCGUCAACAAGUGGGACCUCGUCAAGGACGACGGCCGCGGCGAGGCCGUCCUGAGCGAGCUGUCGGACCUGCUCGGCUGCGCGCCGUCCGACAUCCUGCGCAUCAGCGCCAAGACGGGCUGGGGCGUCGACUCGGUCCUCGACGCCGUCGUCGAGCGCAUCCCGCCGCCGCCGCCUCGAGCGAGCGAGGACGUCAAGGAGCCGUUCCGCGGCUUGGUGUUCGACAGCUGGUACGACUCGUUCCGGGGCGUCGUCAGCUUGGUGUCGGUGUUCGAGGGCGAGGUCAAGAAGGGCGACUCGAUCACGUCGACCAUCACCGGCAACGACUACACGGUCCUCGACCUCGGCAUCCUGUCGCCGCGCGAGAUCAGCAUCGCCGAGCACCCGGACGCCCACUCGCGCUCCUUGCGCAAGGGCAUGGCCGGCUGGGUCGUCCGUCGUUCUGGACCUGACGUGCGCUCGAACCGGGCAGCCUUCCUCGGCGACACGUUCCACCUCACGUCGGCGCCGACCCCGCCGCUCGAGUCGUUCAAGCCGCUCAAGUCGAUGGUGUUCGCCGGCAUCUACCCGCUCGACCCAGGCGGCUUCACCAAGCUUGAGGAGGCGAUCCGGCGCCUCACGCUCACGGACCGCUCGGUGACGAGCAACCGCGAGAGCUCGACGUUCCUCGGUCAAGGGUUCCGCCUCGGCUUCAACGGCAGCCUGCACAUGGACGUGUUUCGGCAACGGCUCGAGGACGAGUUCGGCGAGGAGGUCAUCGUCACGAGGCCGCUCGUGCCCGUCAAGCUCACGUUCAAGGACGACACGGAGCGUACGAUCGACAACCCGGCCGACUUUCCCGACCCAGGCGGCCUGCUCAAGGUCGUCCGCGUGCAGGAGCCCAUGAUUCGCGCGACCAUCGUCGCGCCGGACGAGUACACCGGCGCCAUCAUCAACCUGUGUACUUCUCAUCGAGGCGUCCCGCUCUCGCACACCUACCUGUCGGGCUCGGCGGCCACGUCGACGGCAACGGGCACCUCGACUGCGCUCAAGCCUCGCGUCACGAUGCUGUACUCGCUGCCGCUCAGCAGCAUCAUCACGUCGUUCCACUCGUCGCUCAAGUCGAUCUCGAGCGGGUUCGCCUCGUUCGACUACGAGGAGGCGCCGUACGAGGACAGCGAUCUGUGCCGCAUGAACAUCCUCGUCAACGGGCAGAAGGUGGACGCGCUGUGCACGGUCGCGCACCGCAGCGAGGUCCAGAAGGAGGGGCGCGAGUGGGCCAAGCGCCUGAGGGAGGUCAUCCCGAGGCAGCAGCACGAGGUCGUCAUCCAGGCCGCCGUCGGGUCAACUAUCCUCGCUCGCGAGCGCAUCGCGCCUUUCCGCAAGGACGUCACGGCCGGCCUGUACGGCGGGCACUACGAGCGCAAGAUGAAGCACCUCGCAAAGCAAAAGGCGGGCAAGGCGCGUCUCAAGGAGCGCAGCAUCGGCCGCAUCACGAUUCCGACCGAGGCGUUCCACGCGGUGCUCGGCGGGCAGGAGGUCAAGCGCAAGGGCCAGGCGGCCGACAAGGACAAGCGCAAGAAGCAUUAGAGCUGGGGCUGCUGGGCGUGUUGUACUCGUUUGAGCUGGGGCGAGAGGGUGGCGAGGCCGCUGCAAUUGCAUCUCGAGUCUGCAGGA